AUGAGGACGUUUUGCAAGAUUGUCCCCAUGGCCUUCUGGUUAGGUCUCGUCGCCGUUCUCCUCCUCGCCACGCCCUCGAGCGCCGCGCCUGUGCACCUUGUCGGCCCGCGCUCCCCAACUCCCGGCAACAGCAUGUCCGCCACCAGUGGCGGCGCCGGCGGCAGGAGCGGCAGCAGUCAGGGCUCACGGUUGGGGAGCUCCUCGCCAAGGCCCGGCCGGCUCUACAAUCCCUCACUGUCCCCAAACGGCAACCCCCGGAGCGGCUGGCCGAGUCCGCGACCGCUGCCGGGUGGCGGUGGCCAACGCCCCGGCGGUAACGGCGCGCAGUGGGACCGGGUGCGCGAGCUGGAUGCCUUUGGCUUCCCUAAGCGGGUGGAGGGCGUUUCCCGCAAGGUGCCGGGCGUGAGCGGCGACAGUGGCAGUGGAUGGGCACACAAGACAGCGUCAGCAACGGGCAAGGACAAGGGCAAAAUGUCAGACAAGGAAAGGGCGGAGCAGGAGAGGAUACAGAGGGAGAUGGAGAGGAGGGAGAGGGCCAUGAUGGAGGGCUUGUUCAAUACCAUGAGCAGAGUGGAGGAGAGCCUUGCCCGGACUGCCGCCCGGGGGGGCAUCCCGGAACGUCGUUUGCCGGGCCUCAGGAGGGAAGCCCGGGAGCUGCCUGAUGACCAGGCGAGUCGAGUCGCUGAGUGA